GUCAAUAGCACGCCUUCCGAGGGAAAGCCGCCUAUUUGCAGCAACUGUGAUACUACAUCAACACCACUAUGGCGACGUUCUGUUCAGGAUGAGUUGCUUUGCAAUGCCUGUGGCUUAUAUCUGAAACUUCACAAUGCACCUCGCCCAAAACAUUUAAAACCCCAUUCUAUAAGGAAAGACUCACGCGGAGAAGAGGAUUUGAUACAACCAGUAUGCUCUAAUUGUAAAACCAAUACAACUCCUCUUUGGCGCCGUGAUAUAGAAGGUCAAUCGUUAUGUAACGCAUGUGGGCUCUAUCUUAAGCUCCACCAUGAGAAGAGACCUCUUUCGAUGAAGACAGACAUCAUAAAAAAACGCCAGCGA